AUGACGGAAGCAUUCACAGAAACAACAGCUGAAUACUCUUACGACGAACAUGCUUUUUCCUGCAAUAAGACUGACAUCCAAGAAUUUGGGAAAAUAUUUCUGCCAAUAUUUUACAUGGCAGUGUUUGCUCUUGGCCUCACAGGGAAUCUAAUGGUGUUUUUUGCCAUUGUGAAAGAAGGCCAUAAAAAAAGCAUCACUGACAUCUAUCUCCUGAACUUGGCUAUCUCGGACCUUCUCUUCGUGAUCUCCCUCCCCUUCUGGGCCUCCAACACAGUGCACGGAUGGACCCUUGGGACUAUUCCAUGCACAGCUGUUUCCUCGCUGUAUUACAUAGGUUUCUUUGCGGGCAUGUUCUUUAUCACUGUUAUCAGUAUUGACAGAUACUUGGCCAUUGUCCGGGCAACAUAUUCUCUGAAAUACAGAACAAUGAAACAUGGCUUUCUUAUAGCCUGCGGAGUAUGGGCAAUAGCAGUUUUAGUUUCAGUGCCACAUUUUGUGUUCUCCCAGCUGGUAGAAAAUGACUGCAUUUCUGUCUUCCCCCAGGAGCUGGAGAACAUCUGGCUGGUGUUCUGCAAUAUGGAGCUGAACAUCAUUGGCUUUUUCAUCCCAGUCUGUAUCAUAUGCUAUUGCUACUGUGGGAUCAUCAAAACCCUGCUGUCCUGCAAAAAUCAGAAAAAAACACGAGCCAUAAAACUGAUCUUGGUUGUGGUGGUCGUGUUUUUUCUGUUUUGGUCCCCCUACAAUGUACUGAUUUUUCUAGAGACUUUAAAGCACUAUGAGUUAUUCACAAGUUGCAACCAAAUAAAAUCAUUGGACUAUGCAAUGCACCUGACCGAAACCAUUGCAUUCAGUCACUGUUGUCUCAAUCCUCUAAUCUAUGCCUUUGCUGGGGAAAAAUUCAGGAAAUAUCUUUAUCAUGUCUGCUUAAAGUACUGUCCAUUCCUGUGUUUCUGUGGCCCCUGCAGUCGCUACCAGGUCACCUAUUCUGCUAGCUAUGCAGAAAGCAUCACGAACAGCAACAGAACCCUGAACACCAGUGACCAGGAAGGCUCUGUCUUUGUCUAA